UUAAAGGUGGACAAUGUUCCCAAAGGAAUUGAACUGAUAAUGGAUAGGCUUUGUCAUACAAGGCUUCUUUUAAUUCUUGAUGAUGUGGAUGAAUGGAACCAGAUAGAAAAUUUGCUUGGAAGAUGUGAUUGGUUUAGUUCAGGAAGUAGAAUUAUUAUAACAACAAGAGACAAACAAGUGGUAACCACUCUUGGAAAAGAUCAUCUAGUUUAUGAGGUUAAGAAAUUGAAUCAAUGUGAAGCUCAUGAACUCUUCAGCCUGCACACCUUCCAAAUGAAUAAACCAGGGGAAGACUAUUUAGAAGUUGCAAAGCAAAUUAUACAUUAUGCUAAUGGUCUUCCAUUAGCACUAAAAAUAAUAGGUUCUGAUUUGUGUGGAAAAAGUAUACAUGAAUGGGAAAAUGCAUUAGAAAAAUACAAAAGCAUUCCUCACAAAAAAAUUCAAGAAAAGCUCAAAAUAAGUUAUGAUGGAUUGGAAAAAACUGAAAAGGAUAUUUUUCUCCAUGUUUCUUGUUUUUUCAAGGGAUUUGAGAAGGAUUACGUUACAAAUAUACUAGAAACUUGCAAUUUAUAUCCACGUGAUGGUAUUUGCAAACUUAUCGAUAAGUGUCUUAUAACUGUUGAUCAAUGGGGCAUAUUGUCAAUGCAUGACUUGUUACAACAAAUGGGCAGGGAAAUCGUUCAACAAGAAUUUGAAAACCCUGAAAAUCGUAGCAGGAUAUGGUGUUAUGAGGAUGCUUAUGAAGUGCUAACUAGAAAUAUGGGGACUGAUAAAAUUCAAGCAAUGAUAUUGCGCUCACCUGAACUGGUAACCAUGAAAUUGCAGAGUGAACCUUUUGAAAGGAUGAAAAAUCUUAAAUUUCUUUUAGUUGAAAAUGUACACAUUUGUGAAGAAUUUCAAUAUCUCCCUAAUGGGUUACGGUUACUUGAAUGGCAUAAAUUUCCUUUUUCCUGGCCAUCUAAAUAUUGUCCUCAAAAGCUUGUUACACUCCACAUGAGUUGGAGUAGUCGCAUUAGAAUGGAGAAAAUAUUCAAGCAGGUAUGAUUAUUAGUAUUUAUGAAUUUUAAU